AUGUUUGAGAAAACUCUUGCGCGGCAUGGUCAUAUCGAUAUCGUGGUGGGAAAUGCCGGUAUCGACGAGGUUGUCGAGGAUGCUUUCGUGGAUCGUCUCGACUACAACGGCUGCGUUCAGCCGUCUACCCUCAUCGUCCUGGAUGUCACCCUGCGCGGCGUCAUAUACACGACCAAGCUAGCUCUCAGCUUCUUCCGUCCGAAACAUGGCGUCCUCGGCCUAGUACGUUCUCUGCGCGACAGCUUGAAGACCGAAGGGCUAGUUCGCGCCAACGUCGUCGCGCCAGCGUUCACGCAGACUCGCUUUACCCAGCAUCUUCUCGAGACAUGGCGGGCCAACGACUGGCCUAUAAACCAGCCAGAAGACGUCGCGAGAGCGAUCAGCUUCCUUGCCCUGAAUCCCGAUUAUCACGGAAAGACACUCUACAUUGCUGCCGGGACGUACACGGAGCUGGAGGACCCGAUCCAAGCGUCAAGAGAGACAUGGCUCGGCAAGCAGAAUACGGCAUGGGUCGAUUCGCGGAAGGCGAAGGGGGUUAGAUUAGGGAAGCAGGACAGAGAUACCACUGUUGGCUGA